AUGCCCUUCCUGGCUACAGUCCCAACCCGUCUCCUAUCGGAAUCAGGGACGGUCCCACUCGAGUUUACGCAGCCCCACUACUGUGCAGUCCUUAGGGAGGACGCGAAGGUGACAGAUGCCGUACUGAAUGUGAAAGCGGUUCAUAAGCAAGGAGCGUCCAUUCGAUACAGCAUCGCAGAGGGCAACGGUGACGGCCUGUUCACCAUCGACCAGAACACAGGACUGAUCGCCCUGGCCGCCGCCCUCGACUAUGAAUCGAGAGAUAAGCACGAACUGGCCAUCUCAGGGGAGGCUGAGGGCCACACGGUACAAACACUCGUCCAGGUGAGGGUGGCUGAUGUCAACGACAACCCUCCUUACUUCGUCAGCCCGGAUCCAAAGGUCACAGUCGUUGAGGAGGAGGAUCGCCAUCUACCUACGACGCUCAUGAAGGUGGAAGCGAGAGACAGGGACAGUCUCGAUUACCAGGGUCUUCUGUAUACGGUCCGAGGAGACGGGGUGGACGGGUAUAGGCCAGGGGAGGCCUAUUUUACCGUAAAUUCCCUCACUGGCGAACUCAUACAGCAACGGGCCCUCGAUCGCGAUCCCCCCGAGGGGAAGUCCGUGUGGAAGGUUCGAGUGCAGGUCCGCGAUGCCAGGCCCUUUGGAGUCGACCUCGAAACAAACGAGGAGUCGUUCCCCCGAAUCAUCUCUCGAGUUUCACCCUCGGGUCGCUGGAUGCGCCUGGGAUGCAAAAACUCCCCUUCGGAAUGUGGGGAAGGCGGAAAAAGAGGGGAGAGAGUGAAGGUAGGAUUGAGGGAGACGGCGGAAAGGGGAAAAGAGAUUCGCACCGAAGGAGAUCUAAGGAGGAGCAGAGGGAAUCGACCAGAAAACCGAGGCAAAGGUCAGUGAGGAAGAAGGCGAAAAAUCUCGUAAAAGAAAAACAAUGCCCGAAAAGAUUCCCCGCCCGUCGCACGCGGGGCGGGGAGAACCCCCCCUCCGCCGAAAGGAGAAGGGUGGAAAAUGGCGAGAAGACGCGUCGCGAGAAAAGAUCUAAUGGCCAACGUAUGUUCCCGAGGGGCCAUUUCUCUGAUGCUGAAUGGAAUGAGAGAAUUAUACAUUCCAAUAAAUUCUCCCUGAGCCAUAGAGGAUUUCGCCUGAUCACUUACACGCCAGACGAAGCCGAAGGAAAAGAAGAAGAGGAAGAAGAAGAAGAAAAAGAAGAAGAAGAAGCGAAGCGACGAUCGCAUCAAUUCUCCCUCGCUCACAUUCGUCAGUUUCUUUCUGCAGUCGAGGGGGAUAAGCCAGGGGACGCCGCCCGCCAGAAGAAGAAUUGUCGCGAAGUGGCAAAUGAAAGAGAGACGAAAAAGGGGCGUUCUAGCGGAACGGGUCCGAACGGCGGCGGGAAAGGCGAAGAAGAAGAAGAUUCAGGAUCUCCCGCCGGGAACGUGCCUGACGGUGCGACUCGAUCUUCCAGCGAAGGGACGACGUCAGGCGCAGGUCGUAAAUCUUGUAUUACGGACAGCCAGGCGAGGAGAAUGAAACCAGAAGUGAGGCGGCGUGUUGGAAAGAAGAAUGAGAGAAACAACGACGCUCUUCCUUUCUUAAAGAGGAGGGAAAGGAGAGUAGUUCCCGAUGAGACAGUCGACGACCCAUACCAGUCGGAGGACAGUGUGGAAUUAGAGGGCGACUGUUAUUUCAACGACCCUUACCACUCGAAGGGCAGGAACGUCACGGUGGGGUCUUCCGACCCCUGGUCCAACGCGGACAUCAGCGCCUACGGCAUAGGAGGCAGGACAGGGCGCGUUCACCUGGUCGAACCACUGUCACGAUCGUCGUGAAGGACAUUAACGAUAAUUCUCCCAUUUUCCCAAAUGCCUCCAUGUUUGCCGAAGUUCAGGAAAAUGGACCCAUAGACCUCCCCGUCAUCACGGUAUCCGCAACCGACGUCGAUGAUCCUGACGAAGGGGCGAACGCGAGACUCCGGUACUCCAUAGAGAGGAACGCCCUUCAGGAGAAGUCUGGCGAACCCGUUUUCAAGGUGAAUCCAAAUUCGGGCCUCAUCACGACUGCCGUCUGCUGCCUAGACAGAGAGACGACGCCGGAGUACCACAUCCAGGUCUCUGCUACUGACGGAGGAGGACU